AUGAGUCGACUUUGUCUAUUCCUACUGGUUACACUCUUUAUCGGAAGCUUUUCUGCACGGCAUCCGAAACGAUUCGUGAUAAAUCUGGACACGCCACCUGAUCAACGGUGGAACGAAGUUGUGGAGUAUCAUCGAGACGUCAUUCCUGGUUUCGUCAAAGCUGCACAGUCCUAUGUGCCCAGGCAAGUCCUACCCAUAGCAUUCUGGGUUGCUGGUAAAUUGAAUCGCUUCUUUCCAGAUGAGUACGCUGAGGAGAUUCGAGGUAGUACUCUUCUUAUUUCAUUCGUUAUCAGAAAUAUUAUUCGACGAAUUGCCGAAGCCUCUGGACUGCCGCUGGGUCAUGUAGUGUCAAUGAAUAUCCUCUACGACAUUCUUGCCUUUGAUCGAAAGCACAUCUUGGAUAUGGGAUGCACUUCUAUCGUUGCUCAAAGCAGAAAUGGAACCAUUUUCCAUGGACGUAAUCUCGAUUAUGGGUUGAGUGACUUGCUGAAGAACGUCACGAUCAUAAAAAUCAUGUACAGCGGUGUGACAUUCGCACUUUCCUCUACUUUGUUCACCGGUCAAAAUGACGCCUUCACGCUGAGUCUAAACGCUCGUUAUUCUGGUCCGUACAUCUAUAAUAUUUUCAUGGAAUUCUUCACCCGAUUCCGUACCCCUGUUGGAUUUCUGCUACGAGAAAUAAAUCAAAUGGAAAGCACCAAUUUAGGUUCUGGCUUCAUCGAAAACCUACUCGGAGGCGCUCAAUCAUCUCAGCAAUCAGAUCGUAUGCAUGCUGCCGACGUAAGGACUCUGAGUAAUGGUACAUGGUUCCUUGUAGAAACGAACUUCGAUCCAUGGAAAAAGGAUAGCGACAAGAGAAGGAUCGCUGCUCAAAAAAUGCUGACAGCCAUGGGACAGGAAGCACUGAAUGCCGACACGAUGAUGAAGGUCUUACGAACGCAUCCCGUCAAGAACAAUGAGACCUUAUUCAGUACAGUCAUGAGCGCUCGAUUCCCUAUGCUCAUGAAAAAUUCCACUUUUAUUUGGGAUUAA